GGCCUUUGUAGUUUAUCUUUCUCUUGGCUGCGGUUGUCAAGGCUUCAGAGGUGGUCAGACCUGGGCUGGGUAGCGUCUUCUCUCACGGAUGCCUGGAUCUCACUCAAUAUUUCCAGAAGAAAAGAUUAAAGGGGAAUUAUCAAGAAUAGCUUCCUUUUUGAGUAGUAAAACCUGAAAUGGCCAUAACCUUGGCUCUUCAGACUGAGUUGAUGCAGGGAGGACUUCUGGCAGUGAAGGUAAAGGAGGAAGAGAAGGACUGUGCCUGUGGGCAAGAAUCUGGUCGGUCAAGAAAUAACCUUCAUACCAGAGAGAUCUUCCGUAGACGCUUCAGGCAGUUCUGCUAUCAGGAGACCACUGGUCCCCGGGAGGCUCUUCAAAGACUCCAGGAGCUCUGCCAUCAGUGGCUGCGGCCAGAAAUGCACAGCAAGGAGCAGAUCCUGGAGCUGCUGGUGCUGGAGCAGUUUCUGAUGAUCCUGCCUGAUGAACUGCAGGCCUGGGUGAGACAGCACCGCCCUAUGAAUGGAGAUGAGGCAGUGGCUGUACUGGAGGAUUUGGAGAGAGAGCUGGAUGAACCAGGAGAGCAGGUCCCAAGCCCUGCUCAUGAACAGGAAAAGUUUGUAAUGGAGAAGGCAACUCAAGGAGCAGCCAGGGAUUCAUCAAGUGGCGGGUUCCAAAUCUUGGAAGAGCAGCUACAGUGUAACUUACCAGAGGUGUGCCCAGUUCAAGAGAUUGAUGGUGAGGCCGGUAACUGGAAUGUGGAGUUAGCUCCUAAAAAAGAAAUUUCUAAAGAAAUGAAAUCUCUCAUUGAAGUACCUGGAAAACUGAAUGGUGAUGUUACUACAGUGUCAGAAUGUAAAGACACCUGUGACUAUGAGGGCAGAUUGGAAAGGCAACGGGUAAACUCUUCAAUAGAGAGACCCUAUUUCUGUGGUGAAUGUGGAAAAAGCUUCACCCAGAAUUCCAUCCUUAUUGAGCACCAGAGGACACACACCGGUGAGAAGCCCUACGAAUGUGAUGAGUGUGGGAGGGCCUUCAGCCAGCGGUCAGGCCUGUUCCAGCAUCAGAGACUUCACACUGGGGAGAAGCGCUACCAGUGCAAUGUCUGUGGCAAAGCCUUCAGCCAGAAUGCGGGGCUUUUCCAUCACCUCAGAAUCCACACGGGAGAAAAACCUUAUCAGUGCAAUCAGUGCAGCAAGAGUUUUAGUAGACGUUCUGUCCUCAUUAAGCAUCAGAGAAUUCAUACUGGAGAGAGACCUUAUGAAUGUGAAGAGUGUGGCAAGAACUUCAUUUACCAUUGCAACCUCAUACAACAUCAGAAAGUCCACCCCGUCACUGAAUUGAGGUAGCUUCUUGAAACAGGGAAGGCAAAAUUUCCUGAAGUCAGACCAUUAAGCAAGGUAGCAAGGGUACUGUUUCUUAUUUUGUCCCUGAGAGAACAGUAAUAAUUUAAUUGUCUAACAUAGAAAGUUACAUGGAAAGCCAGUGAACGUACCCUUAUUUUUCUACGGAAAGAAGCAUAAUAUCUUAAAUACAUCUGUCAAGUUCUCUGUUGACAGUGACGUACACAGCUUUGCAAUGUUGAAUAUUGCUGCUUAUGUUGACUUCAUAAUAUAUACUUCUUCUGGUCUAGUGUCAUGUACUUGUGCAAGAAGUUUUCUGGGUGUACUUUAAGAAAACUACUAAUCCUAGUUUUGAAAAGUUUUUAAAAAUCAUAUGCAGCCUGAGAACAAACUAAUUUGAGUCAAUUUACUGAAUAUUUAAAAAUUAAUUUAAAAAUAAUAGUAGUAAAAUCUGUAACCUGCCUUUUAAUUUUACAACAUGGGGCACAUGGAUAUAAAUGUACAAAAGUUUCUCCCUGUAGAUAUUUAAUAACUGGUUUCAUUCAGGAACCAAGGAACUGAAGUAUAUGAGGUAUGUGUUAUAUUGGCCCAGUGGCCAGUGAUAACUACUUUUGCUCAUGAUUUUAAAUUUGUAUAGAAACUAAGAAACAUGGCUAAAAUUCUGAUUUCUCACUUCAGAUCUUUGUUUUAAAAAUAAUGACCUCUACAUUUUUCCUGUGACAUACAAUAAAUGUUGUCAGUUUUUAUAUUUUUUUCUAUAUUUAAUCAUUUAUAUGGAAAAUUUCACAUAUUACAAAAAUAGAAGAGUGUGAUUAGUCUUCUACAUUAUUCUUUUUUUCUGGAUUGCUAGAAAUCAAACUCAGCCUAUUACAUGAUAGACAGGUAUUCUACCCUUGAACUAUAUCCCUAUCCUUCUUUAUUGCUUUUUGUAGUUUCCCUAUUUCUUGGUAUUGCCUAUUGAUUACCACCAAGGGGAUAUAUACAAAAAUUUCUUUCCCUUAAUGUUGAUUAACCAUUUAUAAAGAUUUAUACUAGGCUCAGGAGACAAAGAAACAGAAAACUUUGUGGUGAUAGUAGUCUAGAUUAGAAGACCAAAUACACAACAGGUAAAUUAAGAAUAAUAGAAUCACAGGAAAGGACCAUAGAGAGCAUUUCUGAAUGUCCUUAUUUGACAGGUAAAGAAGGCUCUUGGAAGUAAUUGUCUAAGAUCAUACAAUCAGUGAUCAGCAGAGCUGGAACUAUAAACUUGUCUCCUUAUUCCUAGUGCAGGGCUUUUCUGCUAAGCCACUAGAGGCAUUUAUCAACAAAUAGAAGUUUCAUGAAUGUGAAUUUUGGGCUAGGGUUGUGGCUCAGUGGAUGAAUGCUUGCCUAGCAUGUGUAAGGCACUGGGUCUGAUCCUCAGCACCACAUAUAAAAAUAAAGGUCUAUCAACAACUAAAAAAUAUUUAAGAAAAAAAGAAUGUGCAUUUUUAAGUCACUGAGGUUCUGCUUUAUAUCUCAAUAAACCUUCCCAUCUAUGUUUCAAUAAAAACAUAGUUCCUCUAUUUAAUUUAUAGUGGAAUCCAGGAAGGAUUCCUUCCACUUAACCUCAC